AUGUCAACAUUCGGCACCCAAUUCAAAGUGACAACGUACGGCGAAUCCCACUGUGCCUCGGUAGGUUGCAUCGUCGAUGGUGUACCCGCCGGUCUAAGCGUUUGCGCUUCCGACAUCCAAGUUCAACUAUCACGUCGUCGACCAGGCCAAUCCAACCUCACCACCCCUCGGGAUGAGAAGGAUCGAGUCGAGAUCCAGUCCGGUGUUGAAAACGGCGUUACGCUUGGCACUCCGAUUGCCAUGUUAGUCCGCAACCAAGACCAACGACCGCACGAUUACACCGAUGAGACGCUGGAUGCCUAUCCGCGUCCCUCGCAUGCGGAUUUUACCUAUCUAGAAAAGUAUGGUGUCAAGGCGAGCUCCGGCGGUGGGAGGAGUAGUGCAAGGGAAACAAUCGGUAGGGUUGCAGCAGGAGCUUUGGCUGAGAAGUAUUUAAAAGAGGCAUAUGGGAUUGAAAUCGUCGCUUUUGUUAGUAGCGUUGGUAAGGUUCAUAUUCCGCGGUACCCUGGCGAGGAGUUGGCCUCGGAUGUGAAAGUUGCUCCCCCUGCCACUGCGACUGGCGAGGGAGAAGCCGGAGGGAAAUCCUUUUACGGAGAAGAUGCAAACGCAGGCGCACCCCAAACACAGGUGGACAAUGUAAUGCAUACUUGCAACCUUACUGAAGAAGAAGCAGAGGAACCGCUCUCGGCAUCCUUCCGCCAUCUGCUCUCGACCAUCACGCGCGAACAAGUGGAUAAGACUGCGAUCCGAUGUCCUCACGAACUGGCAGCAGAACGCAUGCGUCAACGCAUCCUACUUGCCAAAUCCAACAACGAUUCCAUUGGAGGCACCGUGACCUGCAUCAUCCGGCGCCUUCCAUCAGGCCUGGGAGAACCUUGCUUCGACAAACUGGAGGCCAAGUUGGCGCAUGCCAUGCUCUCCAUUCCUGCGACAAAAGGGUUUGAAAUCGGCUCCGGUUUCAGAGGCACAGAAGUUGCUGGAUCGAGACACAACGACAAAUUCAUCCUCAAACCAGACGGCCGUCUUGGCACCAUCACCAACUGGAGUGGUGGCAUUCAGGGCGGAAUCAGCAAUGGAGAAGAUGUAUAUUUCCGCGUUGGUUUCAAGUCUCCAGCAACCAUCUCCCAGGAUCAAGCGACAGCGACGUAUGCCGGUAAACAGGGAACCUUGAAUACCAGGGGAAGACACGAUCCAUGCGUCGUUCCGCGUGCAGUUCCGAUCGUCGAAGCUAUGGCUGCAUUGGUCAUUAUGGAUGCCGUGCUGGUGCAGAACGGUAGAGAGAGAACCAAGGCGUUAUUGAGUAGCCAGGCGGUGCAAGCUUUACCCAAUUCAAUGAAGAUGCCCAGCAGGAAAAGGCUCAGGGUUGAGGCUGAGAAAGAGAUGCAUGGCCACAUUUAA